AUGGCUUCUCUGAUUCACAAUUGGAGGACUCAAAAAGCUACAAUAGUGUUAUUAUUUAUAAUAUGUAUUUCAUUUUCUUCUUCAGUUGAAGAAACCAUAAUAGCAUCUCCAAAGAAAUUAGACUAUCCAGUGGUUGAUCAACCGGCACAAUACACUGACGUCAAGUGUGGAUCAUGUCCUUGUGGUUAUACCUGUGCUGACCAAUCUCCUCCACCAUCACCACCUCCUUGUCAACCACCACCACCACCACCUCCUCCACCACCUCCGCCGCCAUCACCACCUCCUCCUCCUCCCAAGUAUCCCUCAUGUCCUCAAAAUUGCAACCCCUUGCCACCGCCGCCACCAAGAUUCAUAUAUGUACCACCAGGUCAGGUAAACCAACCUAAACCAUAUUGGAUAUAUUAUUACUCUGGAGCUCAAAACAAAGGCGUGAGUUUACUGGUUUUGGCUUUGGGAGGAGGACUCUCAAUUGCAACGGUAUUUGGAUGA